GAUUAAGAUUGAUUAUUAAACGAUUAUUAUAGAAACGCCCGCGUACUACUAACCGCACGGCUCUGUGGUGCAGAGAUCUCAUAACCAUGAGCAAAGUUGUUGGUCACACAUGCGUCUUCUGGGACGUUGAGGAUUGCCAGGUCCCUGAUGGUAAUGAUCCUGAUUCGAUUUCUGAGAAUAUGAAAUCAGUUCUUGCAGAUACGGGUUAUGGUGAUGUUGUCCAAAUUAUGGCUUAUGGUGAGAAGAAUAAGAUCCGUGAUCAGUUUCUACUCGCCGAAAUCACGUUUAUACCCGAAGGAGAUAAACUUGCGAGAGUUAAUAGGAUGAUGAAAGACGUUCUUUUUUGGGCAUUGGACAAUCGCGUACAUCAAUCUGUACGACGAAACGUGAUGGUAAUCUCACAAAACAUCUCAAAAGACUUUGAGUUCAUCUGUGUUCUUCAAGGUUUGCAGUCCAGAGGUUACAAAGUUCUCUUAGCAGAUGAUUCUGAUGAUGUCGCAUCAGUAGAGCAACAUGAGUUUGUAAGUUCAUUAUGGCUUUGGACAAGCCUAUUAGAUGGAGGUGAUCCUAUCGACAAAAACGAAAGCUCACAAUCUCUUGGCAAGAAGCUGAAGCGGAAGGAGUGUGAGCCUAGUAGUACUCCCACUUGUAGCGGUAGCUCAGAUAAGAAAUCGAAACCUCUUGAACCAGAGAGCGCAGCUGAUGCUGGUUCUAGGGACUAGCUUCUCUGCAUAG